AAAGACGGCGGACAAGAUGCUGAAGGAAGCGGAGCACAGUGAGAUGAUGGAAGACGAGGAACGUGCCUACGUCUUGUUCAUGAAAUAUUUCAAUGUCGUAACUUUCCUGAAAAGAUCUGCUGACUACAAGAAACAAAAGGCAUACUAUGAUGAUUUGUUGGGUGCAAAAAAUCUUCUCACAUCUAUAAGCAAGGCUGAGGAACUCUCGUCCAGUCUCAAGAACAGGUAUGAUCAGUUAGAAGCGGAAAAUGUUGCCAGUAAACUUGCAUCCCUAGAUACCGUGGAACAGAAAACAGAGACUAAAGAUGAGAAAAAGGCUGAAGAUAGUAUUGAUAAGUCAGACAAAAAGUUGGAACCGGUGGAAAAACAGCCUGAAGAGGCAGCAAAGACCAGCCCAGGUGUUGUAACAUGCAAUCAGUUAUUUGACUUAUUUGAGGACAGAGAUGCUCAGCUUAUUCUCAUGGAUGUACGGUCAAUGGAAGAUUUCCAGGAGACGAGAAUUAAUCAUAAAAAUAUAAUCAAUGUGCCUGCCGAGGCCAUCAAACCAGGAACAACUGUUACAUACAUAGAGAAAGCUUUACCUAUGGAUUCCUUGUCGCUAUGGAAACAAAGGGGUAACAUUGAUCAUAUCAUAUUACUAGACUGGAAUUCUCAUAUAGACCAGGUUAAAAUUGGAUCCAGUCUACAGACACUGAAGGAUGCCCUGUUCAAGUAUGACUCGACAGUGAUAAUCAAAAGUGAGCCACUCAUUUUAGAUGGCGGUUAUGAGCAGUGGAUGUUACAGUACCCAACAAAAUGUGUGAACCCCGUCUUUGAUAAACUUAAAAAACCUGUGGUGAGCUCAACUCAAGAUUCUUUAAUGGAUUUUGAUUAUCCAGAUUUUGAUGAAACUUUUAUGGAACCAAAACAAGCAGGCACUAGUUCUAUUGAUUCAUCAGCUUCAUCAUCGUCCUUAAACAGUGUUAACUCUCUGACAAAUGGGGAUGUUACCUCCCAGUUUCCGAAAAUUGAUAGAUCUACAAAACCAAAAAUUGAUAGAUCUACCAAAGUAAAUGUUGCUAAAACUGGUAUAAGUUCUAACAAACCUGUAACUGGUUCUCUGUAUCCAGAUGUAGGAGCUGUCAGUAAGUCGGGAAGCAGUUUAUAUAGCAAAACAACUGAGGCUGGUUCCCAUAUUAGUAAUUCAAGUUUUAAGAAUGCUGACUACAGGGCAGAAUCGGCCUCUAGUCAGGAUAUCAAAAACAGUUCAAGUACAAAUUUAGCUGCACAAUCGACGGAGAUUUCGGAUGAAUUGACGGCAUUGAAUUUACAGAGGAAGCAGAAGAUGGAAGAACUGCGGAAACUUCAAGAAAAUUACGAGAAGAUGGAAGCAGAGUCGCGUGCCAGGAUGGAGCAAAUGAAGAAUGAAGAGAAGAAGUUGUCAGAUCUAGAGGAGCUGAAAAGGAAACAGCAAUCUGAUGUGGCCGACCUAAUGAGAUUGAAGAAGAAUCUACAUAGUGAGAUGGCGGAAGAAAAACAGCGAGUACAGUAUCAACAAAUUGAGAAAGAACAAGAGGAGACUCACAGGAAAAAAGAAUUGGAACAGCUAUCGAGAGCAGAGGAAGAAAAGAGAAAAAGAAGGGAAGAAGUUGACAGAUUAAGGAUGGAUAGAAAGAAGAAGGAAGAAGAGAGAUUAGAGAAUGAGAGAAGAAUUAAAGAUGAACAAGAUUUAAAGAAUGCUAGGGAGAGAGCACGAGAAGAGGAAGAACAACGUGGGAAAGAUGUUGCUGCAGCUGAAGAAAGAAAUAAACAGAUGAAGGCAGAAGACCAAAGAAAGGCAAGGGAGAAAAUUGAGCUUGAAGAAAGGCUCCAGAGAGAAAGGGAGUUGGCAGCUCAGCUGGAGAAAGAUAUACUAGCUGCCUUAGAGAGAAAGCGAAGGAAACAGAUUGAGCUAGACAGUUUGGAAGCAGAGCAAAGGGAAAAGUUGCGACUGGAGAAAGAUAGAACAGGGAAGGAAACAUACGAAAGAGAGAAAAGAGAAAGAGAUGAAGAUGAUAAAAAGAACGCUGCAGAGACUACAGGUGUGGCUGCUGAAAAGAUCAUGUUAAUGGAUGGUGAAGUUCAAGGUCGUAAAUACACUACACGAUUGAAUGAUGAACCCUCCACACCGAAGUCAGGCGGACUCAAGAGGUCAAACUCCUCUCCAAAUAUUGGACAGAUGAUGGAAGAUGAGGCUCAACUCCCUCAAAGGAAACCAACACCGUUUGUUGACCAACGAAAUGAAACAGUUAAAAAACCAAUGCCUGCAGCUUUAUCUGCAAAAAGUAGAGAUUUAAAUCCAGUCUAUGGAAGUGUGGCAAGGGAGAAAAUUGAACUUGAAGAAAGGCUCAAGAGAGAGAGGGAGUUGGGAGCUCAGCUGGAGAAAGAUAUACUGGCUGCCGUAGAGGAAAAGCGAAGGCAACAGAUUGAGCUAGACAGGUUGGAAGCAGAGCAAAGGGAAAAGUUGCGACUGGAGAAAGAAAGAUCAGAGAAGGAAACAUUGGAAAGAAAGAAAAGAGAAAAGGAUGAAGAAGAUAGAAAAAAAGCUGCAGAGGAUAAACGUGUGGCUGCUGAAAAGAUCAGGUUAAUGAAUGAAGCUAAGACAAAGCCUAAACCGGUUCCCUCACCAAGCCUACAGAAAAGCUGGGAGAAACAGCUGGAUCCCAGCACAAACAGAUACUUCUAUAUCAACUAUAAUGAGGGAAUCACACAAUGGAAUCCACCAGACAGGUUGGAAGCAGAGCAAAGGGAAAAGUUGCGACUGGAGAAAGAAAGAUCAGAGAAGGAAACAUUGGAAAGAGAGAAAAGAGCAAAGGAUGAAGAAGAUAGAAAAAAAGCUGCAGAGGAUAAACGUGUGGCUGCUGAAAAGAUCAGGUUAAUGAAUGAAGCUAAGACAAAGCCUAAACCGGUUCCCUCACCAAGCCUACAGAAAAGCUGGGAGAAACAGCUGGAUCCCAGCACAAACAGAUACUUCUAUAUCAACUAUAAUGAGGGAAUCACACAAUGGAAUCCACCAGACAGGUUGGAAGCAGAGCAAAGGGAAAAGUUGCGACUGGAGAAAGAAAGAUCAGAGAAGGAAACAUUGGAAAGACAGAAAAGAGAAAAGGAUGAAGAAGAUAGAAAAAAAGCUGCAGAGGAUAAACGUGUGGCUGCUGAAAAGAUCAGGUUAAUGAAUGAAGCUAAGACAAAGCCUAAACCGGUUCCCUCACCAAGCCUACAGAAAAGCUGGGAGAAACAGCUGGAUCCCAGCACAAACAGAUACUUCUAUAUCAACUAUAAUGAGGGAAUCACACAAUGGGAUCCACCAGAUGAAGUUAAAGGUGGUACAUACACUACACGAUUGAAUGAUGAACCCUCCACACCGAAGUCAGGCGGACUCAAGAGGUCAAACUCCUCUCCAAAUAUUGGACAGAUAAUGGAAGAUGAGGCUAAACUCCCUCAAAGGAAACCAACACCGUUUGUUGACCGAGGAAAUGAAACAGUUAAAAAACCAGUGCCUUUAACUUUACCUGCAAAAAGAAAAAUUUUGAAUCCAGUCUAUGGAAAUCAGGCAAGGGAAAAAAUUGAACUUGAAGAAAGGCUCAAGAGAGAGAGGGAGUUGGGAGCUCAGCUGGAGAAAGAUAUAUUAGCUGCCUUAGAGAAAAAGCGAAGGCAACAGAUUGAGCUAGACAGGUUGGAAGCAGAGCGAAGGGAAAAGUUACGACUGGAGAAAGAAAGAACAGAGAAGGAAACAUUGGGAGAAGAGAAAAGAGAAAGGGAUGAAGAAGAUAGAAAGAAAGCUGCAGAGGCUAAAUGUGUGGCUGUUGAAAAGAUCAGGUUAAUGAAUGAAGCUAAGACAAAGCCUAAACCGGUUCCCUCACCAAGCCUACAGAAAGGCUGGGAGAAACAGCUGGAUCCCAGCACAAACAGAUACUUCUAUAUCAACCAUAAUGAGGGAACCACACAAUGGGAUCCACCAGGUAAAGGUAAAGUUGGUACAUACACUACACGAUUGAAUGAUGAACCCUCCACACCGAAGUCAGGCGGACUCAAGAGGCCAAACUCCUCUCUCUCUCCAAAUAUUGGACAGAUAAUGGAAGAUGAGGCUAAACUCCCUCAAAGGAAACCAACACCGUCUGUUGUCCAAGGAAACAAACCUGUUAAAAGACCAAUGCCUGUUGCUUUACCUGCAAAAAGAAGAGAUUUGAAUCCAGUCUAUGGAAAUGUGGGUCGUGCAUUGACUGGAUUGCGUAACCUUGGUAACACAUCUUAUAUGAACAGCACGAUACAGUGUCUGAACAAUACGUCGCCACUAGUUACGUACCUUCUUACAGAUAUGUUCCUGAAUGAUAUUAAAAAGGGAGGAAAGUCUGGAAACAUAUGGGAAGUAACAGAUGAUUUUGCAUACUUGGUUAAGUCCCUUUGGUCAGGACAGUACAGUUUCAUUACUCCUAGAGAUUUUAAGUCUGUGGUAGGGAAACAUCAGCCAAUGUUUGCUGGCUAUGAGCAACAAGAUAGUCAAGAAUUUCUUACAUUUCUUCUGGACAGUCUUCAUGAGGGACUCAAUAAGGUAAAGACCCGUCCAAAGAUAGCUGACCAAGUUAAUGACAAGCUACCAGACCACAUUGGUGCAGAAAUAGCUUGGAAUAAUCAUAAACUACACAAUGAAUCCAUAAUUGUUGAACUGUUUCAGGGUCAGUUAAAAUCAACCAUCAUGUGCCUGACAUGUAGGAAGAAGAGUGUUACGUUUCAAGCCUUCAUGUUUCUGUCGCUACCAAUACCGUCGUCUGGUAAAUGCACUCUCCAGGGAUUGUCUCCCGGCCAGUUUGCACCCCCGAGGAGAAAAUCCCAGGGAAGUUCCCGCUGA